CCUGCCCAAGCCCGUCUUGUCGGAAACAACAACAACAACACGUCGCGACAGCAUGCGAAGCCCCUCAUCGAGAGCGCGCAUACAGUACAUCCAGCAUGUCGUCUUCCAGCACAUCUUCCUCCUCCGGUAGGCCCGAAUCGAAGGAGGAGGUCAAUCCGAUCGUGCGCAACGCGCUGCGGUACUCGCUCAGUCCGCGGGAAUAUCAGCUUCUUCACCAAUACCUUCUUUCUCGCGCCCCCGCCGUCCGGAAGCGCACGCUGGCCCCCAAAAAAUACGACGUCAUUGCGAAGGGAGGCGACGACUACAAUGCUGCUGCGAUCCGUGCGAGUCUGCGGCUCGCCGUGGUGGCUUUCUCGGGCCUCAAGGCGUGGGAUCUUGUGAGGACCAAGCUUUUGGCCCGGGGUGCACCAAAAAGUCCACAGCGCCCGCUGCCCGUGUACAAGUCGCCCAACGUCCGCUUGACGUGCUCGCUUUCCCUCAUGUUGCUAUUUCACCGCCUUCUGCGUCGCUUCUUCAUCCGUCUACGCGAGAGUCUCCUCAAACAGGAAGCGAAGCCAUUCAGACGGCGAAAUCCGCGCAUAGCACGCUCAUUGACCUCCCGACUCGCGCCCGCUAUCGGUUCCAGUCUGGCAGGCUUCUUUCUCGCAGUGUACCCCGGCGAUCAAUUGCGGAUAACCAUCGCCAUCUACAUCUUCACCAGGGCACUCGAGUUCAGCUACAACCGGCUGGAAGAGCUGGGCUAUUUCCGCAACAGGCCUGCGUGGUUUGGCUCAUGGAUGCUUAUGCCCGUAGCCUGUGGACAACUGCUGCACGCCUUCGUCUUUGACCGCGACUGCUUCCCCGCCACCUACGGGAAAUUCAUUCUGGACAACUCCCCAGAGUAUAUCCAGGCAAGACCCUCGGGAUACCCCAAGCACCUCAAAUGGCCGAGCACCUUUGACAUUGUCGACAACCUGGCCCAGAUAUCCAAAAAUUCAUGGCCUUCCUUCGUGUCGCCCAUCAUGUUUCCCAACUCCGACACCCUACCUCGGAGCCUCACAGCCAUAUCACCAAUCACAUCCCCCGCGCACCCAGCCAUCAAGCACCUCUCCUGCGCGCUCCUCCACCCCAACGACCCCUCCUGCCUGCGCACCUAUCUCUCCUACUGGAUCCAGGCCUUCCCCAAAGUCGCCCGCUUCUUCACCAUCAUCUUCACCGCGCUCAGUGUUACACGCUACAAAUCCUUCCUCAAUUCUCCCAUCUCUGCCGUCAACGCCCUCGCAAAGUCCAUCCUCCGCAUGUCGCUCUUCAUCUGCGGCGCCAUCGGCACGUCCUGGGGCUCCAUCUGCCUCUUCCAGAACCUUUUCCCGCGCAACCUGCUUCCCACGCAGCGCUGGUUCUUCGGCGGCUUUCUCGGCGGCAUGUGGGCGUUUCUGGAGCGCAAGAACGGUCGCGGGAACUUCUUAUACUCGGCGCGCAUGUCGAUUGAUUCGCUGUGGAAGGUGGGUGUCAAGAGGGGGUGGUGGCGCGGCAUCAAGAACGGGGAUGUACUGCUGUUUGUGCUCAGUCUGGCGACGGUCAAUGUGCUGUACGAACUUUCGCCCAAGUCGGUGAGCAGCGGGGUGGCGAGGAAAGGGUUGGGUGUCAUGAGGGGCGAGGGGUGGGUGGAUAGGGCGGUGUUGCCGAGGGAGGGUAAGGCAGGGGUGGAAGAUGAGGAGUAG